UCAAUGUUGGGAAGUGUUCCCUCAUUCUCAUCGCAACAUCGCAACCGUCAGUUUUUCAAGACGACAGACAACGUGCUGCUGCUGUUGCUGUUGCUGUGGUUGUCCAAGAAAGAAGAGACCAAGACGACCUAGUACAGUAUUCUUCAGUAUGUACUGCGGAGACGAGACAGGAUCGUUCAUUGGCGACAUUGGAUCUCAUACGAGUCGCUUUGGCUAUGGCGGCGAAGACAAUCCCAAAUUUGUGGCUCCCAGUUACACGGUUCAAUGUCAAGACAACAACUCCACUACUAGUACAUGUAGUAGUAUUCCCUCAUCGUGCUAUUCCGGACGAUUGGCGUCGCAGAAUGUGCGUCCCAUUCUCCGCAUGCCUUGGCUAGGAGAAGAGGACCAACAAUUUGCCGCUCCUCAAAUCGAUCCCAAUGCGUACUUGCCACAAGGCGAUGGCGUUCAAGAUUGGGACGCUCAUGAACAACUCUGGCUUCGUAGUUUGGAACUCUUACGGGUCACCGAUACACUCAAACAUACGAAAGGAGGAACUCCCUACACACCAAAUAAUGUGACGAGUAGUAGUACCAUCCACAGCAACACCACUAACAAGACAGGUGCACGCUGCGUCCAUCCCAUUUUGGCCGUCACUCCGGGCAUGACAUACCGGACGGGUCAAGUGGGCGAACAAUAUGCGGCAGCAGUCCAACGAGAACAACAUACGAAAUUGGUCGAAUUUCUCAUGGAAACAGUCGACGCACCCGCUUGCUUUUUGGCACCGACGCCCAUGCUCAGUGCCUUUUGUUUUGGACGACAAACGGCGUUAGUAGUAGAUGUGGGAGCCGGGGGAUGUCGUGUCACACCCGUCGUGGAUGGAUUACUAUUGAAACACGCCCAACGACGCAAUGGACGGGGUGGGGAUUGGUUGGGAAAUGUCCAAUGGAGGGCACUGUUGGAACAAAAGGUUGUACUACGACCGCGCUAUCAAUUGCGCAAUGCCAUUUCGGCACUGGCUACCAAAUCGCCCUAUUUUUAUAGAUGGGCCAUGCAGGAUCUCCUGUACGAAUUUCGAACUUCAUCCAAUCAUUGCAAAUUGGCACAGUGGUGUGACGAUGAGACAGUGCCAUUUCUGUGGUCGACAUCUAACAGUGGUACUGAAAAUAAAAACAACAACAAUGCACAGUCAUCCGAUGAGGAAGAAGACGAUGACGAAGAGGAAGAAGGAGACGAUGCCAAAAAGGAAGGAGGAAUCAAACCAACACCCAUGGAAACAGAGGAGGAGGAAGACGACAAUGAUAAAAAGAGCGACCAUGAUGACGAUGAUACCAGCAAAAGCGUACAAGCAGCGGGAAUGACCUACGAACUUCCCGAUGGAACCCAUAUUGAUUUGUCCUCCAAAAUGGGACACGAUCUCUGUCGGAUACCCGAACUGUUGUUUACGGACGAAGUCCCCUAUGUUAUGCACGAAACAUCCCGCACGGGAAUCAUGUCCGAACACCAUACGCUGUCCAAUCUACCCCUUCAUCAACUCGUAUUUUCGUCACUGUCCGCCGUGGGAGAUGGCGAUUUGCGCAAAGAUCUUGCGGCCAAUAUCAUCUUGACGGGUGGAUCGUCCUUGUUUCCCAACAUGGCCGAACGAUUGUCCAUGGAAGUUCCACGAGUUGUUCCCAGCAAUUACAAGUGCCGCGUCAUUGCCAGUCGCAAUUCGGUAGAACGAUCUUGUUCCGCAUGGGUCGGUGCCAGUAUUCUAACCAGUCUCGGAAGUUUUCAACAAUUGUGGCUCAGUCGCAACGAGUACCAGGAAUAUGGUGCUGCGUUAGCCAUUCAGAGGUUUCCGUAGCCAAUAACACACAAUAACGAAUAGUUAGUGCAUGCACACACUAUUAGUUUUAUUUCUUAUUAUUAU